AUGGAUCUUUCCGUUCUGCCAAAUAAUAACCACCCUGAAAAAUUCCUGCAACUUGAAGUACAAUCUUUCCUAAAGAACUCUGCCCUUCCUCAAGCAGAUCUCCCAAGACCAGCAGGUGCUCAUUACCCAGCCAUGCAGCACUGGCAUAACCUAGUUUACUCGCAGAGAGAAAAGAGAAAUGUUGCUGAGCAGCUUCAUGGCAAACUGAGUGUGAAAGAUUCAAUGUUUAUUGAUAGCAUUUUUGGUGACCACAUUACCUCCUUUACUUUGAAACGGAAGAAUAAUCUUUUGUAUGGGGAUAUAAGGAUAGAGGAAGCCAUGGAAGAAAGAAAACAGAGACCUUCUUGGACCAUUCAAGAUUAUGAUAAACAUUCUCUGCAGACUGAUCUUUCUGGCUAUCUGAAGGAAAACCCUAAUGAUCUACGGUUUUGGUUGGGGGACACAUACACACCUGGAUACGAUACCUUAUUGAAAAAGAAAGAGCAACAACAGAAGCAAUCUAAAUUCUGCAGAAUAAGCCUGAUUGUGUUAGUUUCUGUCUGUAUUUUGGUUUCUAUAAUUACUGUCUGUAAUUUCCUUACCUAA